GUAGUAAACAAACAAAAACAACAGCAAAAACUGAAAAAUGAAGAAAAUCCUGUCGAAAUUCGACAGAAAUGAGAAAUUGGAAAACUCGCACAACAGCUCCUCAUCCAAGGAGACAAACAGUUUCGUUGGCAAGGUUUUCACAGUCGGACGAGUCACUGUCACCGUCGAGGAUGUCUUGGCCGAAGGCGGUUUUGCCAUGGUUUUUCUGGCUCGUGGAAAUGGCGGAGGAAGUGCAUCGGCCACAAAAUACGCACUGAAACGUAUGUACGUCAACAAUGAGCACGAUCUGAACGUGGCCAAGCGUGAAAUACAAAUUGCCAGCAAUUUGAGCGGACACAAGAAUAUCAUUGGGUACGUGGACUCGAGCAUUACGGCCACCGGGAACGGAGUGUGCGAGGUGCUGCUCCUGAUGCCAUAUUGCAAGCAUCACAUGCUGGCCAUGAUGAAUGCUAGAUUACACGUUGGCUUCACCGAGCCGGAAGUGCUGACCAUCUUCUGUGAUAUUGCCGAGGCUGUCUCACGUUUGCAUUACUGCCAAACACCCAUCAUUCAUCGGGACCUGAAGGUCGAGAACAUUCUGCAAACGGACGCCGGCAAUUUUGUGCUCUGUGACUUUGGUUCCGCCACAGCAAAAACACUAAAUCCGCAGCAGCACGGCGUCACCGUUGUCGAGGAGGAGAUCCAAAAAUAUACGACGCUCUCGUAUCGUGCACCCGAAAUGAUCGAUUUGUACAGUGGCAAGAGUAUAACGACCAAGGCGGAUAUCUGGGCCCUCGGCUGUAUGCUCUACAAGCUCUGCUUCUUUGCCUUGCCCUUUGGUGAGAGCACGCUAGCCAUCCAGAAUGGCCAGUUUGCCAUACCCGAUAGCUCCAAGUAUUCGCGUGGCAUUCACCAACUGAUCAAAUACAUGCUCGACACGGACAUGGAGAGGCGACCAAAUAUUUGGCAGGUGUGCGAAGUCGCCUUCCGACUGGCGGGCAAAGAGAAUCCUGUCCAAAAUCUGCACAAAUCGGCAAUGCCUAAUUUUGAGCAGUUGUUGAUACCCCCCUUUGAGUCGGAGGCGAAGCGGAUUAAUGCCGCCGCUAAAGCAGCUAAGCCACAGCAGAACGUUUCCCUUGUGGAGGCGGGCACGAGUGUGGCGCCACGUUCGCGUCCCAAGGGCUCGACGUCGGUGCAUGGGCAGAAUGCUCUGGGAUUGGGGUUGCCACCCAGUCCAUUGCCGCGACAGGGCAUCACAUCGCCACAGCCGCAACCGAUUGUUGAGCAAUUUCAAGCCAAUUUUCCAGCAAUGCCCGCUGCUGUGCCGGCAACAGCAGCUGCAGCGCCAACAGCUGUUAACAGUCUGUUCGAAUCCAGCGCCUAUCCGGAUCCAUUUAAUGAGGCACCUGCAGCAGCAGCAACUACAGCUGGUGUUGCAACAACAGCAGCAGGCAUAGCAACAACAGCAACAGUUGCUACAGCUACUGCAACUGUUGCAAGCGAUGCAGGCAGCGAAUUACAGCCUGUGGAUGCAACAGCAGCAGCCAUCAAUGAGUUGGGUCUGCCGGGCACGCCCACCAAACACAUGCUAACACCGCCCAGGGGAGGAGGUGGAGGCGGCGGUCAUCGGCGCAAUGUCAGCGACACUUCGGCCUUUAAUAAAACCUUUGCCAACGAGACGAGUCAGUUUCUGGCGCCGUACAACAACAACAUGGCAAUGUCGAUGGCCGAUGGACCGCAGAAUGGGGCGACACUAGCCAGUGCCGCCUCCAAUCCAGGCAUAUAUGCCGGUAGCAGCAGUACAACGGGCGCCUUCUCGCUCUCCAGCAACGAGCUGGCCAAGCAGACAAUGGAUAAGCGUGUCGAAGCCUGGAAUCCCUUCGAGGAGGAGCAGCCCUUCAGUCAAAUGACCGAAGAUCACAUAUUCGAGGCUGAAUUCGACAAGAUACGACAGCGCGGCAGUCAAGGCAGCAUCACGGCCAAGUCUGCAUCGACCACAUCUACACUGACGCCGACGGAGCAGAAUGCGACUGUUGCAACAGUGGCAUUAACAGCAGCUGCUGCCGCUGCUGCAGCUGUUCCUGUUCCUGUGCCUGUUGUGGCAAGCGUUGCUGCUGUCUCGCCCAAUCCAAAUCCAGCAGUGGAGGAUCCAUUUGGCUCGGCACCGUUCAGUUUGCCGCCGGGUCUGCGCGAGAAGGCGAGCUCGCUGCGCAAAACUGGAGCGAAAUUCAUCGUUAGCUGCUCCUCGGGCGGAGUUACGCCGAUUGCCACAGCUGGCGGCGGCAAUCCAAUGGUCUCAUCCAGCUCAUCCAAGUGGCUGCUAUCGCCCACACUGGAGGAGGAUAAGACUUCGCUGAUUGGCAGCAGACUGAAAACCGAUUCGGAUGACAUUGGAGGAGGUGGUGGCGGAGGAGUAGGAGGAGGACUACAAUCGGAGGCAGUUGCGGGUGGUGGUGGCUUUGUCAAGUUGCCGCUGGAGGAUCGCAACAAAUACGAGAAAUUGCGCAGCAAUGAUCAGCCCACAUCGGAUGAUUCCGAUUCGGAGUUCUUUCAGCAGGACAGCGAUGAGGGCAACAAGAAGGGUGCGGCGAUCUUCAAGCAGAUUGUGACCAGCAACAUACCCGAAACCAUACACAAAAUCCAACAGGUCGCCUACCACAACAUGGACAAAACCACAAAUUUGCCCAUCGUAAAAAAGUUGCGCCAAACGGCGACCACAAAACGACCCUCAUCCUCUGCGCAGCAGGCGGCGCAACAGCUCAACCUAAUGGCAGCCGCAGUGGCUGCUCAGGCGGCACAAGCCGCUGCAGCGGCACAAGCGGCACAGCUGGAAUCGGAUGACGAUGCGGAUUCCAUUGGAUCGGCGAGUGAUUUGCGCGCAGAGGACGAUGAUCUGUUCGAUGAGAAUCCGCGUGCUGGUUCGCUGGCAAAGCUGCGACGUCCGCCACCCCUCGAUAUGGACGGGAUCAGUGAGAGCGUGAAGACCUGCUCCAGUUCCGCUUAUCAUGCCGAAUGCGAGAGCGUCACCACGCACGAGGAUGAUGUGCGCAGUCGUGUUGUGGUCAAGGUGCGUCUACGUAAAAAGGAUCGUGCGGCGGCAGCUGCUGCAGCAGCAGAUCCAAAAACCGCCUCUGCGGCGAGUGGUGGCAUCAACAUUAAUAGUGAUGAACUGAGUCCCACAUCGAGUGAUCUGCUGCACAAGUUUGGGGAUCGUCCGCUGCUGCUGGACGAUGAGCUGGACUAUGGUUCGGCGGAGAGCAAGAGCAGCAGCAAUGAGUCAUCGUCCGCGCAGGCUGUGGCAACUGCAACCGCAGCUGCUGCUGCUACCCAGGCAGAGCUCAGCGACGAGCUCGAUGUGUUUGCCAUGGCGCCGUUCAAGCUGCCUGUGGGUAAGCCGCCCAAGCGACGACCCAGACCUAGCGAGCCGGAAAUGUGGACCUCGACGCCGGUCAAAUCAAGUCAGCCCCCGCCGACUGCUGACUGCAAUUUUGCCAACUUUCCCGAGCCGGAAGUGAAUGCCGCUGCACCCCAGCUAGAUGAGUUCAAUGAGCCCAUCUUUAAUCCGUUUAUUGGAUCUGUUGCAUCAGAGGCAGAGGUGGUAGCAGCAGGAGGAGGCGGUGGCGACGGCAGCGAGCAGCGGGAUCUCUUUGGCUCUGAGCCAUUUCCACAGGUAAUACGCAAAUGUAUCGUUGUCGAACAGCCAACGCUCCCGCUCCAGCUCCAGCUCCAGCACUAUCCCAAAACCAACAACAACAACAACAAUAUCAAUAUGCAUAAUAAUAAUAAUGUUAAAGUAAUCCCCGCCAGCUGCUCACAGCUGGUGACAAUCAAUCAUUCGAUUAUAAUAAAUAAAACGCCCGAACCACCUCCGCCGCUGGCUAACAAUAAUAAUAAUCACAAGAUUAGCAGCAUCAGUAGCGUCUAUGUGAAUGUGCCAGCCGCAAGCAGUUGCUCCGCCAGCUCCUCCAGUGGCACCAACAACACCAGCAUCACCUCAACCAACACACAAGCAGCUCCAGCUCCAGUUCCAAUUCCAAUUGCAAUACCAGCACCACCAACCGUACCCGCAAUUGCUGUGCCCGCACCACCUCAGCCACAAUUACAAUUACAACCUACACAUUUGCAGCCGUUGCUGGCAAUUGCUGAUAAUGGUUUUGUGCAAAUCUCUCAAGAUCGCUGCUCGGACUUUACACCGGACGAUGAGGAGGAGCCGGUGGUGUUGCGUUGUUCCGCCGACCUGGUUGCGGAUGGAUCCAACCACAUCCCGGCCACGGCAACUGUUAAGCCCAAAAAGGAAAAGUCCCAUUUGGCUGUGAGAGCGCUGCCCGCCAAGCUCACCCAAAAGGUCAAGGGGCAUGCGUAUAAAAAGGUCAGCGCCGGUGCACUGGGCUCCACCUCAUCUCUGAGCUCCGGCAGCAAGCAGAAACAUCAGCGUCUUCAAUAUCAAUCCCAUGACGAUGAUGAUGAUGAUGAUCUUGCUGUCGCCCAGGAUGAGAAUCGUGUUAGUGGGGCUGGUGCAGGAGGAGUAGGAGUAGGAGGAGCCGGUAGCAGUCGCAAUUUUCAAUCGAAUACCAUACAGAACUCGGCAAAGACUGGCUUCAGCAAUAUGAGCUUUGAGGAUUUUCCAUCGGAUCAGGAAAUCGAUCGCAUGUCCAAAACAAUACCCUUCGAGGUGGUGCGCAAGGAGAAGAUGCUGCUCGAGGCCGAAAAGAAAUUUGGUUCGCUCAAGCGGCGCAAUAAUCUCUUCUCUUAGAGAAAGAGUGGACUGUUAUCGUUUAUCGGUAUCGAUAGAGUGGUCGCUCCAACAUUGAGAUCUUUCAGAAAUAGCAAUCGUUGUAAAUUUUCAUUUUUUAUCCUACAACACAUUGGAAUAUAGUUUGUUUUGAUAAGUAUUUGUUUCUAGUAAUUCCAAUAUUUAUAUUCAUCUUAAUAAUUAUAAUACAAUGUAAAAACGUAAGAGUUUAAUAUAGCAAUGUAUUUUUGUAUUAUUCGAGUAAUUCAAAUUCUUUCAAAUAUCAGAAUAUCAUCAUCAAAUAUUGAAACUUUAAACUGUACUUUUAAAAACUAUUAUGUUUAAAACACCUUCUUUUUUUUUAGGUGUAUCAUCAUUCCAAAACUUAUUAAGCACUUGAAUAUAUCGUAUUACUUAAAGUAUAUAGAAUAGUUUAUAUAAAUAUUGUUUAAAACGAUCCAAUUAUCGAGCGACCACACGGAAUGUUCCGUUAUCCGUUAUCAGCGUGUGGAAAAUUCCUAAAAAAAAAUAUAUAUAUAUAAAUGAAACAAAGCAGAGUAGAGACUGGGACAAUGUUUAAAAAAAAUGAUACAAAAUUGUCAUUAGCCGGAUUAUCAUCCGGUUGGAUGAUAAAACCCGUAGCUUUUUUGCUUAAUUUAAUUUUUCGAUAUUCCGUUUUGUACUUUUUUUUAUAUCAUUUGCAUUUUCGCAAUCAUUACGAUAAGCAGAGCCGCGACACACAGACACAAUGAACUUCCAUGCACAUAACCCGAUACAUAUACAUACAUACAUUAUACAUACAUACAUAUAUAUAUAUAGCCAAUAUACCGUUACAACGGCAGAUAAUGUAUUUUUUGAGCAAAGUAUUUCUCUGAUUGUUUAAUCAGAGCACGAAAACUCUUAAGGGAGAUGAUGACAAGGGCAGCUGACCUAAACUUGGGAAGAGUAAAAAUAUGCAUAUAAAUAACAACUAAUUGACAAUUGAUAUCUAUAUACGAAUACUGUUAUUUAGUGCAAAAAAAAAAUCGAAAUGAAGAAAACUGUACAUUAGAUAUACGUAUUAAAUAUAUAUAUUUAUUGGCACAUUUGAGCUGAUGUUGCAAAUGAUGAACACAAUAACACAAUGGAUUUAGAAUUUAUACGAUGCGUAAGUUUACCAAAGUUACAUUUAUUGUUUAAUAUGGCAUUUUCCAAUUUGAUUUGCU